GAAAGAAGUGCUUAAAAAGGAACGCAUCGUCGUGUCAUGUAUCCACGCAGCGUACCCUACGAGAACAGCCCUCCGCCGCGGGACAACAUCCUGACGGUCGGCAUGCCCGGCGUCACCUCCACCCGCUCCCAGAUGGCGCGCUACACCGGCGGUGACCCGGUGACGGUGCUGUGCAACUGGUGCGAUGACCCGCACGGCCCACUGCACGAAGUAGACAAGGACAACAACCGGUACACGGGAAUGCCCCUCUGCCAUCGCGUGCGGCGAGCGCUGCGGCUGUGGAGCACCGUCGUCGUGGCGGGUAAAGGAAAGGAGGUCGACGCAGACGGUGAUGAAGAAGGAAGUGCGGGGCUCUCGGUUUGCGUGACCGUUGAAAACGAAGCUGCUGACACAGCAUCGAGCUCGGCCUGUCUCAGCCGUCGCGGUAAGCAACGGAGCUCGCCGCACCCCUCGUCUUCGGAAAUCGAGCCCAGCGCGUCGCCGCGGGUAGCGCGGGAUCCUGCCGUGGACGCAGCGGCGAAGGGACUCGUUGACGCGCCGGUGCUGUACAACGCCACCUGCCGCGUGGCGCCGCGCCUCAUUCACGGUGUGCUGCCCUCCCCGGAGGUGUCGGAGAGUCAUCACCGCAACUGGUAUUGCACCCUGAACCCGCUUCAUUGGAUACUCAUCGCAAAGGAGCUCAUUACGGGGUGGUGGUUCUGUACACGGCCUUUUCAGUUUUGCUACUCCGAGCCGGGGCGGACCAACAUGGGUGGACUUCGCGAUCAGGCGACGUACACGCGUGAGGUGCGCCGAGCUGUUCACAAAAUGGAGAGCUCCGCGGCGUCGCCGCCGCACGAACAGGACAGCCACGCACCGACAACAAAGCAGCACCUCGUGCUCUUUGGCGUCAGCCGCGGCGCCACCACCUGUUUCUACUCGGCCAUGAAAUUGAACGCCGAAGACGCCAAGCACGUUUCUCUCGUUCUCGUGGAGGCGCCCUUCGACACCUUAGAACACGUCAUCGACGCCUCCUCCUAUUUCCCGCGUCUCGUGCGGUGGUUCUUCCGCUCCUUUUGCGACUGGCGUGGCGGCCGCGACGAGGCCGCCGCCUACGACUUCGACCCGCAGGAGGUGCACCUGCGCUGCCCCGUUGCCUUUGUGCUGUCCGUGAAGGACCGGCGGGUGCCCAACGCGUGCACGCAGGCGCUGAUCGACCGGGUGCGGCGUGAGCUGGUGCCCCACAUCAUUCCAGCUGUGGAAGUGUUGACGCUGCAGCACAGCCGGCACCCGUGUAUGGCGGUGGGGCACAAGGAGGACCAAGACGCCUACGUCGCGUUUGUGGAGGCGCUGUAUGACCGCUACUGCCCUCCAUGA